CUCUGUAAUACGAGCCCCUGGCGCACUAAUGUACCCCGAGAGCUGCUCGUCUUCCCCGCGUCAUGCGAGGGGCAGCAUCUUUUGCGGCUCUGUGAAUUGGCCAACGGAUGUCGAUCGACCCCUGAGAAAGAUCUGGCUAAAAGGCAGAUCACAGAGGGGUUCGGUGGGAGUUGACCCGGGUGACGCUGGCUCGCGAUAUGUAACCAAGAUAAUGCCGCCAAGUCGGAGGGGAUGCACUAUCAGAAGCAACUGGUGAUAUCCGUCAAGAUGAAGACUAUGCGAAACCCAUGGGCGCUUUUGCUGCUCCCCCUGCUGGCUGCGGCCAAGAUUGACAGGCAGAAAAUCGUGUCGCAGUACAAGGUCAUCCGGACCAGCCUCAUCGACAACAAGACGACGCCUCUGCAAGUCGGCAAUGGCAACUUUGCAUUCAGCGUCGACAACACGGGCAUGCAGACCUUCCUGCCGUUCAACACCUUGUCUUCCUGGGCAUGGCACAACGACUCUUUGCCCACGAACGGCGAGGAACUGAGUGACUACGAAGGCGUCCCAAAAGACACACACGGUCGCGAUGUAUACUACGAUAUCCCCGACCCCGAUCUGCCCGCCAUCUCGCAAUGGAUCAUCGGCAACCCUAAUCGUGUCAACCUAGGCCGCAUCGGCCUCAAGUACAAGAGCGACACUCUGUCCACCGAUGCUAUCACCGACCCGCAUCAAGAACUCGACCCCUGGAGCGGCACCAUUACCUCCAAGUUCAAGGUCGACGGCCAGGAUGUCCAAGUGAUCACGCAAGGCGACUUUGACUCGGACGCGGUGACCUUUGCGAUUGACUCGCCUCUCCUUGAGACAGGUGAUCUCGCCGUCGAACUGGACUUCCCCUACCCUCCCAUCCACGCCACGCAGUACAAGUUCGAGGUCUUUGUGGGCGUCUAUGACUUUCCCGCGAACCACACGACGGUCGGCAAGGUCAAUUGCAAGACACCCAACACGGCGCAUAUUUACCAUGAGAUGCAAGAGACCAAAUACCACGUCAACAUGCACUGGAGCGAGGAAACCCCCCUGCAGCUCUCGCGUGACGAAGGGAAGGGAUCCUCGUCCAAAAAGGCGCACCGCUUCACCUUGGCGCCCACCGAGGCCACAAACAAAAUCACAUUCACCGCGCACUUUGCCCCCGAAAGGAGCGUCCCCGAUCUCCCUGCGGACGUCCAGGCGCGCAACAUCCAGGGCUGGCACGACUACUGGACGCACGGCGGCUUCGUCGACCUCACCUCGUCCUCCCACCACGCUGCCAACGAGCUACAGCGCCGCAUCAUACUGUCACAGUACCACGUCCGCGUGAACAGCGCCGCGACGGGGCAGCCACCACAGGAGAGCGGGUUGAUGAACAAUGGGUGGUACGGCAAGUUCCACAUGGAGAUGGUCGCGUGGCAUGCGGUGCACUGGGCGACGUGGGGACGACAGACGUUCUUUGAUGGUAUCUUUCCGGCGGUGUACAAGACGCUAUUGCCGAGUUCGAGGGCACGAGCGGAGAAGAUGGGCUGGAAGGGCGCGCGAUGGCCCAAGAUGACAGAGUUGGUGUCGGGUGUGAGCUCGCCUGGCUUGAUCAACGCCUUGCUCGUGUGGCAGCAGCCGCAUCCCAUGAUGAUGGCGUCUUAUCAGUAUCAAGCGCAUCCCACCCAGGAGACCCUCGAGGCGUGGGAUGAAGUGCUCACUGCCACGGCGGAGUAUAUGGCUUCGUUUGCGUGGUUUAACGAGUCCAGUGAUCUCUACGACAUUGGGCCGCCAUUGUAUGGAGUAACCGAGAACACUCCACCAUACGAAACCACCAAUCUCGCAUUCGAAAUUGCAUAUUGGCGCUACGGCCUCGAUACGGCCAUCCAGUGGAAGAAAGCCCUCGGCCAAGACGUCCCCGAAGACUGGAUCACCGUCGCCGAGAAGCUGGCGCCACCACCCCAAGUCGACGAUCUCUACGCGGUCUACCUGGGCGUCAACGCCACCUGGUGGGACGACCCCAAGCUCAACGGGGACCCGCGCAGCCUCCUCAUGAUGACAGGUUUUAUCCCCGACACCGUCGCCGUGGACUUUGCCACGGCUGUCCAGACGGCUGACAAGGUCGCCGAGGUCUGGACUGACGACAAGAUCCGCGGAUGGGGAAGGCCGAUUCUGGCCAUCAACUCGGCCAAGGUCGGGGACCCGGACAGGGCUAUCUACCACUUGACUGCUUUUGACUACUGGAAGUUCGAUGAUGCUGGAUUCGCCGUGCGUGGCGGUGAUGGAGGCACUCCGCCCCCCUUUAUGCCUGGCAACGCAGGCUUCCUGUGGGCAGUCUCCUUCAUGGCCAAGGGCUGGGCUGGCUCAGAAGGCGACGCGCCUGGGUUUCCCAACGACGGCACAUGGACGGUCAAGCACGAAGGACUGGUCAAGUCAUUGUGAGAGACUGCAAGCUAA